AUGCCGGACUGGCAGGAGCGCUCGAAGUCCAAGUUGGAGGAGCUUCCAUUUCCAAGCCUUCAACCCCAGCACGAGGUGAACAGAGGGAUCUCCGUACUGGACUUCGUUCUGAGACUAGUCGCGGUUGCCGCUACAAUCGGGAGUGCCGUCGCCAUGGGCACGACUAAUGAAACACUUCCUUUCUUUACUCAGUUCAUCCAAUUCAAGGCUCAAUACAAUGACCUCCCUUCAUUCACGUUCUUUGUGAUUGCAAAUGCGGUUGUAAGUGCGUACCUCAUUCUUUCUCUUCCUCUGUCCAUCUACCACAUCGUCAGGACUACUUCAUCCGCAAGAGGGAGUAGGAUAAUCUUGAUCUUCCUUGAUGCGGCGAUGAUGGCGCUACUGACGGCCGGAGCUUCGGCAGCAGCGGCGGUUGUGUACUUAGCACACAAAGGCAAUGCUCGGGCAAAUUGGUUCGCCAUCUGCCAACAAUUCAACUCCUUCUGUGAACGCACCUCUGCAUCUUUGAUAGGUUCCUUCAUCGGAAUAGUCGUGUUUGUGCUACUACUAAUCCUGUUGUCAUUCAUGGCCAUCUCCAGACGUUGAUCGAUUUGGUAGCCCCUUACUUGUCCACGCAUGUUCUCUAGUACGUACUCCGUGUAGUAUGAGUGCAGCUGGAACUGGAAGAAAAAUCUGUGCAACUGUUCUACCUUAUUUCAUACGUUUGUGUUGUUCUUAUCUGUAUUUGUUCAAAAGAUUUUCUUUGCUUGUGGCUGGGAUCGAUUAAUAUGUAAUUUGAUCUAAGUCAUUCCACUAUUAGUGU